CCACUUCCUUUAUUAUUAUCCCAAGGUCGACAAGGGCAUUGCUGCGCGCCAUCAGUCAUCGCAUCAUCCUCUGUGUCUGUAUAUAGGGCGCCAUACUCCCCGACCCACGGCUCGCCAUGGACGUUAAAACUCCCCUCCUCCCGCGAACAGAACGGCCAAUUCCUAUGCGCCGACGGCACAGAUUUCGACGCUUCCAUGCGGCCGCCUUCGUCUUUGUCCUUGGUCUGUUCUGGCUAGGCGUCAACUGGCAAUGCACCGAUCCAACCCACCAUCACAAUCAUGAAGCGACGGCGAAGGUGCCGAUGGAAGUGCACAUCAUGUCCAAAUGCCCAGACGCUCGAGACUGCUUACAAAAACUCGUCCUGCCGGCGAUGCAGAACGUCUCUGAUAAGGUCGACUUUAGGCUAUCAUUCAUUGGAAAAGCCACCGAAGAAGACGACGGGGUCCAAUGCAAGCACGGCCAGACAGAAUGUCUCGGCAACAUCCUCGAGCUCUGCGCCGCCGAGCUCUACCCCAAUCCGAAAUUAUACCUAGGGUUCACCAUGUGCAUGGAGCGCGACUACCCCAAUAUCCCGAAGAAAGAGCUUGUUCAAGACUGCGCGCUGGAACACGGCCUUGAUUUCGACCAGUUGAAUUACUGCGUGAGCCAGGAUGAUGGCGCGUUUGCGAUGGGCAUGCUUAGGGAUAGUGUCACAAGAAGCGCGGAUCUAAAUGUCACAACGAGCUGUACCGUCAGACUGGAUAGCAAGGUGCGAUGCAUUGUCGACGAUGGCGAGUUUGUCAAGUGCCCGGGAGGGUCCAGACCAGAAGACCUUGUGAGGGAUAUCAAGAAACUUUUCGAUGUCGCGAAAGGAUGGUCGGAAUAACCCCCCAUUCAUACCCACGACAGAUCCGCUACCUUUCUCAUUGGCGGUGCAUCCAAAAGCUAAUACCUCUCGCGAGUACCACUUCGCUUUCCUGUCUUCAAGGCGGCGGUUGUUCCCCGUUCUAUUUGCAUCUUCGGCGCAGGUUCGGUUUAGCAUUCGAUCGUUCUAUCUAUAUUGUGCAUUUCUUAGUUGGUCUUGAGACAGGAAGAAUUGAGAUUAUACCCACCUAGCACAGCACGGAGGCAUUCGGCAUUCGUUUCAGGUCUUCAACUAUGACUAUGCGAAAGAUUGGAACUGUACAAUAGGAUACGACACGGUACAGCAAGCCAUAUUCGCCGGAGGGUUUGGAUUGCUUUUAAGAACGAGAAUGAGAUUUUGCAUAUCACCUGGACAGACAGAGUACAUACGAAUACAUGUCCGCUUUCAAUCCAAGAC